GGGUCCUCUCAGAGCGCCUGAGGGGGCCCCGCGGUGCGGGGGUUCGCGGCACCGGCGCCGCCGCUCCCGGGGGCCGUGGGGGCUCCAGGGUGACGCCGGUGGGAGAGGGCACCGCUCCCUCGCCCCCUCCCCCGGCCGAGGCUGAGGGGGAGACGGGCGGCCCGAGGCUUCCAGCCGGUGGUGCAGGUCCUGGAGGUGGGAUGGAGGUAGUGGCGUAAGGACCCCGCGCCUGCACCGCCACAAUUAGGGAGGAAAGAGGCUGGAAUCGCUGGUGGUGUGCGGCUGUGGCUGCUCCCCAUGGCAGCUGCGGACCCCCAGGUUGUGGCCUUGGCUGCUCAGAUCACUGAGAGCGGGGAACAGGACAUCCCCCUGCUGCUGCUGAAGUUAAAGGGAGUUUUAAGUAGCCCUUCCUUGGGAUGUGAAGAAUCGAAAAAAAUUAAGCAAGAUAUAUAUGAUUAUGGUCUUACUCAGUACUGCUUGCUGGUCCUUAGGCAAGACCACUCUCGACUGCGGGGAGGCUGGGCCACUGCUGCCCAGCUAGCAGAGAUACUAAGUCAUUGUUGUGUAGGACUAGAGAUGAAAGAAGAUCUUGAGGAAUUUUACAAGAAGUUUCUUCCUUCGGCCAUAGACAACCUGCUGGUUUUGGGAAAACGCUUGCAGGCGAGAUUUAUCCGAGCAAUCAAGGAUAAAGAAAAACAAGAUUUUUUACACUGGUUCCAAACAGUAACCAAUGCCAUCUGCUGGCUGCUCGAUGGGCAUAUUCAACUAGCAGCAUGUGUACUGCAAAAUGAUUGCUUCCUGCAGUUGUUAAUAACAGAUGAUGCUGAAACAGCAAUUAUAAUGAUGUCUGUUUUACACAAUAUUUUGAGGAUCAAUAGUUCUGUCUUCCUUCAAGUUGAUAAAGCGACCCUUCACUCUAUUUUGGAUGAACUUGUUUAUAAGCUUUCAUCUACCACCAAUCCUGCUGUUGGAAGUGCUGCCACAAAAUUGCUGUUGGUGGUGGCAAAAUUGAGCAAACAGCUUGUGCAUUUACUCACAGCUCGCUACAAAGGAUUAAAAGGGCUUUUAAAUAAACAGUGGACUGGCAAAGGAUUUGACAGGGAGCUCAAUCAGCUCUUGGACAUGCUGUAUUUGGAACAAUCCAGUGGAAAAGGAGAAAUGCAGACUGUUUUAUUUCAGAAGCAGCAUCAAGCAGCAUCUAUAAUCCAGGCUACAUGGAGGGGAUUUCAGACAAGGAGAAGGCUGAAAAAGCUACCCCAAGCAGUGACCACAUUACAGAGAAGCUUCAGAGCUAAACGGGAACAGGAGCUGCAACACUUAGCAAAACAGAAGGAAGAUGAGGCUCUAAAACUGCAAAUGCAACUUCAGAGACAGAGAGCCAUGAGACUCUUCCAUGAACGACAGCUGGCCUUACUGGAAAGAGUCCAUGCCAGUCAGGUAAAUAAAUACAUGGAGGAAAUGGAGGAUAAAUCAGCAUUAACUAUCCAGAGAUUCUGGCGAGGGUAUAGAGCAAGAAGAAUUUUUCAUCAACAGAAACAAUCUCUUAAAGAGUAUAAAGCAGCUGUCAUCAUUCAGAGAACAGCUUGUAAAUUCUUGGAAAAACGAAGAAGGAGGAGACCUCUCUCUCCUUGGAAAGAACCCAAGGGACUGACUGAUGAGCAGAGACUAGCUUUGCAGCAGAAGGUGGAUGACUACAUCAAAUUGCAUCCGGCUUCCCAAAUGUCAGAAGAAAUGAGUAAAGAAUUACAUAUGCAGGCUCAGGAAAAGCUGGCACAGUUCCUGUUGAGGAGCAGGCUGGAUCAGAGAGCAGCGCAGAGGAGAGAGACAUUACUGGCUCAGGUCAACACUGAUGUGGAGCUGCUAAUGAAUGCUCCAGGGUUAGCAGAGACCACAGAAAAAGACAUUGGUGUCUUCGUGAGUCGAUCAGUCCCUGUAGCUACCAAGGCAAGACAAUCCCACAACACUAUGCUGAAAUACACUCGCUGGCCAUGGUGGAAAAAGCUUGGAGAUGAGUUUAUGGAGGAUGAUGUAAUUCCUGAUGAGGCCCUAAAUACAGAACUGGAAACUCUCUUUAUUGGUGGAAGAAAAUCUUUAUAGGUAACAGGCAGAAGAAUUCCAUAUUCAACCAGACUCAUACCUUGUACUAUGCACUUACUUUUGUGUGUUUUUAAGGAAGGAAAACAUUUGAAAAACACUGAAAAAUACCAAAACCUCAUUUUAGUGUAUUUUACUUAUCUUGGAAAGAAUCCCUUCCUGUAUAUCAACAGUUGGAUCCUAUUAAUCUUGUCACAAAUAGGAUUUAAAUACUGUAGUUGUAAAUGUAGUUGUAAAUAUUUUGUAAUUUGUAUCACUUUAAAGGUAAGUUUAUAAACUUUGUCUUUUCGGUUCUUAUUCAGACUCGGGUGCAUAAAAAAUCAGGACACUGGAAAAGCCUGGGCUUUUAUAGCAAAACAUUUUUAUCAAGUCAUGUGCUUUGAAAUAAAGAUGAGUUCAGAACAAAACAAGACACCAAUACAGAAUCAAACAAGCUGGGUGCUUUCUCUGUGUUCCUCCCAGGCUACCUGUCCUUGCUUCCACCCUCUGUAAGCUCCCUUUUAUUUGAGUUUGUGCAGGAGUUUCAUUUUCAUCCGUGAAGGCCUCCUGUUGUUUUUUGUCUGACUUCCUUUUUGUUGGGAUGUGUUGCUCCUGAGCUUGGAGAAGAAGGUGAUCCUUGAAUAUUAACCAGCUUUCUUGGGCCCAUCUUCCCUCCAGGGCUUUAUUCCAUGGUACUCUACCAAGCAGGUCACUCAAGAGGUCAGUCUGCUCUCCUAAAGUCCAGGGUAGUGAGCUUGCUAUGCACCUCCCUUGCCAGCCUUAGGAUCUUGAACUCCACCAUUUCAUGGUCACUGCAGCCAAGACUGCCCAUGAGAUCCUUACCAGCCCCUCCUUGUUGGUGAGAAGAAGCUACAGCACUACACCUCUCCUUGUUGUCUCCUCUAUCUCUUGGAGAAGGAUGUUAUCAUCAAUGCAUUCAGGACCCUCCUGGAUUGCUUGUCCCCUGCUGUGUUGUCCCUCUAACAGGUAUCGAGGUGGUUUAAGCACCCCAUGAGGACCAGGGCUUGUGAAUGUGAGGCUGUUCCUAUCUGUCUGUAGAGGGCUUCAUCAGCUUGGUUUUCCUCUUGGGGCAGCCUGUAGCAGACCACCACUGUAAUGUCCCUGCCAUCCCUUUAAUCCUGACCCGUAAACUCUGUCAGCUCCUCAUCCAUCUCCAGAGCUCCGUGCACUCCAGAUGGUCAUUGACAUAGAAGGCAACAACUCCACCUCAUCUCCCAUGCCUGUCCUUCCUAGGGAGCCUGUAUCCUUCCAUUCCAAGAGUCCAGUCAGAGAAGCCAUCCCUCCCUUCUCUGUGGUGUCAGUAAGAUCACAGCCCUGCAGGUGUGUAUAUUGCUAUAUGUAUAUCUCUAACUCCUCUUGUUUAUUCCCCAUGCUGUGUGCAUUUGCACGGGGGCAUUCGAGUUGGAUCCCUGAUGAGACCGACUUCCUGGCUGGAGUGGCUGCAAUUCCUUUAUGCUGCUCUUCAGGUGCUCUUCUGCCCACUUGUGAUCCCUCUCCAGACUCUAGGCUUCUCUUGCUGGCUCUGACAUCAAGCUGGUACAAGUGGGAUGGAUGGAGGUUCCUCUCCCCUGGCAACUGUAGUUUAAAGCCCUCUUCACCAGCUGGGCAAGUCUAUGACUGAAGAUGCUCUGCCAGAUGUACCCAUGAGCCCUCAGCAGCCCACAUUCCUUGGGGCUCACAGGUCACCAGCACUCCCUUGGGCUGCCUUUUUCCUUUAAAAGCCUGCAGUUCUUCCCACAGCCAAUGCAGUGUACAGGAGCAUGGGCACAGUCCAAACUCUUAUGUGGGAUUGUAGCCUCGGUGUGAUCACCUGGCUCUGUCUUCUUAAACCAUGAAGAAGUUGUUUAAUCCAGAAAGGUCUCCAGCCCAGGGCCUCUGCAGUCACUGUGGCCCAGAAGACAGUAAACACCUCCAGUAGGAUCCUGCCUAUGGAUGUGCCCAGAACAAGAACUCGAGACUGCACUAGUGCCACAGGUGCCUGCACUAUUUUUCAGGUAAAAGGCACAGAGAUUCUUAAAAAUUAGAUCUUACCUCACUGCAGAGGAGGAAAAAGUGCAGUGAUUUCUUUUGGUUUUAUGUGGGCAGCAAUAUUGUUUCAGCAUGUUUGUCUUCCAUUCUCUCUAGAUGGCUUUGAGUUUUAAUUUCAGUGGAGAUGAAUGGAAAACAAAUAAAUAGAAAUAGUGGGCAGAAGCCCAAGCCCAUUCAGUUGCAGCUGAUAUGUUGAAAUUAAUAACUGGACAGCUGCCAGGAGGAAGAGCUGGGCUCUGUUAAUUUUUUUAAAAGAACUGUGAUUUGGAAUGCACUUGAAUUGGCUCAUGAUUCCUUUCUUGGAGAGUUAAAUGGUGGAACAAUCCAUUCGGUAUUUGCUAGGGCACUUGCAUGUGUCUGUUGAGUUACGUUUUGUUCUGCACAACUCUGUUGGUAGUUUUAAGCCGUGCCCAUAACAGGACAGGUGCCCUACAACCACCAGAGCAGAGGGCCUGGGGGCAGUCACCAAGCACUCCAGGGUAUGGAAACUGUCCCCAGCAGCUUCCAAGCUCUGGCACUGGAAAAGGCCUAGCAUCUCUGGAUGGAUGCACUGCAGCAGGCCAGCUGUUCCCUCCUAAAUACCUGAGUCCUCUGUAUAUGUUACUGUCCCCUCUGCUCCAAACUAUUUUGACAGAGCAGCCACUGCUAUUCUGUUUAUUCCUAAUCACCUCCUUAGAGCAGGGACAUGGUUGCAAAGGGGCUUUGCCUAAUGUGUCUUACAAAAAGAGCUGACCCCCCAUGGCCAGUGUUAAAUACAAAGUGAAUUAGAGAGCCACUUACCAAAAAGACAUUUAUUGUAAUGGCCUCUGCCACUCACUGCCAUUGGAGUGGAUAACGAAGUCCCACUUUGGAAUAUGCAGUUUGCUAGAUAAUGAGGGGUUUUAAGUGAACAGAGAGCCUAGUAGAAGGUGCUGUCUUGCUGAAGGAAAUAAAGUUGCUGAUCCAGCAGCCUGAACUCCUGCCCCACCACUGCCCUGACAAAAAUGCCUUGUUUUACUUUGUGCUUGUCACCAGGAUAUUACAGUCACCUCCAUUUUACAGACCAGGGAAACAGAGGCACAAGAGCCAUGAGGGAAUGUGCCUAUGGCCAUAUGUAACUGUAUAACCUGUCACUUGUUCCUGUUACUGUUCCAGGCAGAACAAGCCAGAACGGAGCCACUGCAUGCUGAGGUAGAGCUGGGAGAUGUUCUCAAAUGCCAGUUGCUGUGGCCAGCUUGGAGCCUGGGCCCAGCAAAAGAGAUCUCCAGGCUCCCUUGCUGGGAGGAAUUUGGCAUAACUUGAUUCAUGCUCUUUUCAAGUCCUGCACCACAGGCAGGACAUAUUGCUAGCAUUUCAUUUCAGUGCAGCUCUUUCUGGAAUAAAAUACUCCUGCCUGAAUAAUGGGAACAGGCAUAGACAGCUGAACAGAAGCCAUCUCCAGCUUGCUACGAGGUGAACAAUCCUCUUUGGGUUAUACAGUCACCCAAAAAAAAAA